GAUGAGUUCAUAAUAAUAUUCUGAAAUUGUAAGUAGUUUUGAAUCGAUAUUAAAUAAGAUUACUAAUAGAAAGCACUUAAUGAAAUUUGUAAAGUACAAAUGCGGACCACCAAUGCAAAUGAAAUUUAAAUAUAAAAAAUAGAAAAAAUAAUAUACUAAUUGGUCUUUAUUUAUAAUAAUUUAGACAAAAAAGUACUUGUUUUAAGUUCAUCACAUGAGUGGCGUAUCUUAGUUAUUGAGUACUAGUAUUGGCUAAAUAACGAGAUAAUUGAGUCAUUUGAUUAGUUAAUUUGCCCAAAAUGAUGGAAAAAGAUUAAUAAUAAUGGAGAUACCAUAAAUUUUUGAAUUUUCAUUUUAAUGUUUGAAUUGUUAGAUUAAUAUCCAUUUACAAUAAUUAAAUUUUAGCACUUAAAUUGUUAACAUGAUGAUGAGUGAAUUCUUUAUUCUGGAUAAAUCAUUAUAAAUAAUAAAAAUUAUUAACUUCUUACCAUUUGAGAAUGGGCUCUAUUUGUUAGCAAGGAUAAAAAUCUUCGAACGAAAAAGAAAUCCAGAUUGAGAUUUAGUUUAAUAAUUCUCAAGAUAAGUUUGAUGGGAAGCAUAAGACAGCUAACAACUUAUAUAAUUGUUAAAGCACCAGGUAACUCACAUUUCGCAAUGAUUUUGCAUCAAAAUUUAUUAGUUUAAGUUAAUCAUCUGAUUCAGAACCAAAUUAAGAUAAUGACCCUGUGGAUAAAAGAACUUUUUUCUCUAAUUUUUAGACAUUUUAAGCGAUGGCAUCUCAAAAAUCCUCUAAAUUUGUUUCUCCUUAAUUCACAUUUGUAGCAGAUGAAACCUCGAUUGAGAACUAAUUCCAAUAUAAAGUACAGACUAAAUAAUUAGAGUGAGUUUAAUAAUUUUGAUGAGAG